AUGGCACCUACUUCAAAAGCAGACAUCUCGCGCUUCACGCAGAGUCAGGAAUCUAAGUCGGGCCCAGCCCAGGCGCAGACCUCGAGUCAAAAGUCGGACGAAGACAGCUGGUCGCCCAAUCAGACCCUAUCUACACACAUGGACGCUACCGGUCAUCCCGUGCCGGACCCCGUCCUCGAGAGCAAGGGCCAGAAGUCCAAGGACUUUGACGACGACGCUGACGUGUUCGAGGCUAUGACGGCGGACUUUGACUAG